AUGAGCAAGGUCCAUCUCCACGACCACACGGCCUCGUACCACGCCAUCACCACCAAAUCGCCCCAAGGCCUGCAAUGCCUCAAGAGGCUGUUUAUCGAGUACGACGACGCCAACCCCAGCCGCGCCAACCUCAACAGUCUUUUUGCGCGAGAUUUUGUGGACAAUGAGAACGAGUCGGAGCGGAAUAUUGGGCGGGAGGAAGCUAUUGAGACGAUUAUCAGCUCCCGGGCGAGGUGUUCAAGGCACCAGAUCGAUUUGAAACGCGCGACGUGUAUUGUCAAUUCCAGCUCGAGUCAUACGGUGUUCUUCGAGGGGGUGAGGUUUAUGAUGUUCGCCACCACCCAGAACGGAAGUGAUGGGGAGUUGCCAGUGGUGGAGGACAAGGUCAAUUGGACGAGGGUCCCCUUUGCCGGAAGGAUGGAAGUGAGAGUCAAGGAGAACAGGUUCUCGCUCAAGGACGCCGUGGCUGAGAUCGUGAGCAGGAGGGUCACCUCCGACAACAGUAUCUUGCUCAAGAGGGACUUGACGCCCAGGACGUAUUCGAUGCCCUUCGCCAGUCCGGCGUCUACGAGUACCACUCAGCUUGGUAUUAUCCCCACGAAUGUGUCCGAGUUGCCAGCGGCGAUUUCUGCGGCUUCGGGCGACAUCAAGUCUCUUGCGCCAUAUGUUUCUUCCGUGAAUGUGACGCCGACUGUCACUUCAGGAAGCUCGGUCGAUGGAGAUCAGUUGGGGAAGCGUUGA